GUUCAUCUCUGCGGUGUUACAGCUGCAAGAACCAGCUCAGCAACUCCAAGUGUCUGACCGAGACGACAUGCACUGCUGACAAGAACACAUGCAAGACAGAUGUCAUCCGGGUUGUAGGGCUCUUCAGCAUCAUCAACAAGGGCUGUGAGUCGUCCUGUGAAGUCUCCUACCAGGACUUCAACGUGGGCAACAGGAACGUCUCCUGCUGCAGCAGCGACCUCUGCAACACCAAUGCCGCGGGCUCCGUGAGGUCCAGCUAUGGCAUGGCAGGAGGGGUAGCAGCUGGUGUGAUCUGGAUCUUCCUCAACAACAAGUUGUGAGGAGCCAAGAGGCCUCCCAUGACCACAAAAAGUGUCAGAGCACCCAUCUAACAACAGGAAUUGUAACCAAGAGUGAUGAGGUGUGUUGGGCACCCAGCACGCUUGGAGCUGAUGGCUCUCUUUGCCAGAUGACAGCUUCUUCUUCACCUUUAUUGCAAAGCUGUAAUGCUACCAGAUCAGAAAAUACAUGUUCACGCUGCCUGCAAAACACCUAAAAUAAACUUAUGUCCAAAUCAAG